UUUUUUUUUCUAUUAAAAUUUUGAGUAAAGUAUAAUUAUUUGGUCCAAAUAAUCCACUGUCCUAGUCAAAUCGUUGAAAAACUAAAUAAUAAAGAAAUAAAAAAGCGAGGAAAAAAUAAAUAAAUAAAUAAAGUAUUGGAAAAGGAGUGCAUCAACAACCAACCCCAUGGGACCUGUGUGUGAUGAAUUUAGGAAUGAAUUGCCAAAACAAAAAAUAUAAAAAAGCUGGGAAUGAAAAUUAUUUAUCAUCUUUAAUUUGUAAAAUCCCCAAAUAUUUGUGGUAAAAUCCCAAAAUUAGAUCUAAAAACUACACUGAAGUGAGAGAAAGUUGUAUCUUGGAGGAGAGAGAAAACAGAAAGAAGAGAGAAAAAGUCUCUGCAAAGAGCUUUGACUCUCUUCCAUGGCGGAUUCACACCUGCAAUUUCCCAUCAUUUUCAAUUAAUUUUUUUCUGGGUAUUUUUUUAUUACUUUUAUCUCAAAUAUUUUCAAUAAGUAAAGAUUAAAUCUUUUUUCUUUUUAUCCUUUUUUCUCCUGGUUCUUGUUGGUUAAACAUUAACCAUUUAUUUAGUCCUCUUUUCUAUCUCCUCAAUCAAGCAACCCACUUUUUUUUUUAGUUUCCCCCCCCAAAUCUUGGGAAAUUUCCCCAAAAAUACCCAAAUCUGAAAUUUGUGACUUACCCAAUUGAUUAUUCCACAUAAUCUGAACUGGGUAUUUCUCAAAUCUUGAAAAAGUUAGGUUUUUGAUUGAUGGGUAAUUGCUGUGGUUCCCCAAAUGGGGUUAAAACUAGCAAGAAGAACAAACCAAACCCAUUUGCAGCUGAUUAUUCAGUGAAUCAAAGAUCUGAGGUAAACACAAAGCUUUAUGUUUUGAAAGAUCCUACAGGGCGUGACAUCCACGCGCGUUAUGAGCUAGGGAGAGAGCUUGGUAGAGGUGAGUUUGGGAUAACUUAUUUGGCAACUGAUUUAGACAAUGGUGAGAAAUAUGCCUGCAAAUCAAUACUCAAGAAGAAGCUUAGAACUUCUGUUGAUGUUGAUGAUGUGAGAAGAGAGGUUGAAAUUAUGAAGCAAUUACCUAAACAUAAUAAUAUUGUUACUUUAAAGGAUAGUUAUGAAGAUGAUAAUGCUGUUCAUAUUGUUAUGGAAUUGUGUGAGGGUGGUGAGCUUUUUGAUAGGAUUGUUGCUAGAGGUCAUUACACUGAAAGGGCUGCUGCUCUUGUUACCAAGACCAUUGUUGAGGUUGUUCAGAUGUGUCAUACCCAUGGAGUGAUGCAUAGGGAUUUGAAGCCAGAGAACUUUCUAUUUGCCAACAAGAAGGAAAACUCUGCUUUAAAGGCCAUUGAUUUCGGAUUGUCGGUAACUUUUAAGCAGGGUGAGAAAUUUUCUGAGAUAGUGGGCAGUCCUUACUACAUGGCUCCCGAGGUUCUAAAACGUCACUAUGGUCCAGAGAUUGAUGUUUGGAGUGCUGGAGUUAUUCUUUAUAUCUUGCUGUGUGGUGUUCCCCCUUUCUGGGCAGAAACUGAACAAGGUGUUGCACAAGCUAUUAUCCGCUCAGUUGUCGACUUUAAAAGAGAUCCUUGGCCAAAAGUGUCAGAUAAUGCAAAAGAUCUAGUAAAAAAGAUGCUUGAUCCUGAUCCAAAAACCCGGCUUACUGCCCAAGAAGUACUUGAACAUCCUUGGUUACAGAAUAUCAAGAAAGCUCCAAACGUAUCCCUUGGUGAAACUGUGAAAGCUAGAUUAAAGCAGUUUUCUGUGAUGAACAAACUCAAGAAAAAGGCUCUGAAGGUGAUUGCUGAGCAUUUGUCAACGGAAGAAGUGGCGGGUAUAAAGGAGGCAUUUGAUGCUAUGGAUACUGGAAAGGCAGGCAAGAUCAACUUGGAGCAAUUAAGAGUUGGAUUGCAGAAGCUAGGACAUCAUAUUCCUGAUGCAGACCUUCAAAUUUUGAUGGAUGCUGCUGAUGUUGACGGGAAUGGAACGUUGAAUUACGGGGAAUUUGUUGCCGUUUCUGUUCACAUAAGGAAAAUGGCAAAUGAUGAGCACCUACAUAGAGCAUUCUCAUUCUUUGACAAAAAUAAAACUGGAUUCAUAGAGGUCGAUGAGUUGAGGGAUGCAUUGAAUGACGAUUGUGAUGUUGUUUCCAAUAAUACAGAAGAAGUUAUCAAUGCCAUCAUGCAUGAUGUCGACACUGAUAAGGAUGGACGCAUAAGCUACGAUGAAUUCUCCUCAAUGAUGAAAGCCGGAACAGAUUGGAGAAAGGCGUCUAGACAAUAUUCUCGAGAGAGAUUUAACAGCUUGAGCUUAAAGUUGAUGAGAGACGGUUCGUUGAUUGCAAACGAGGUUAAAUGAAAGAUUAAUUUAAGAAGAUUAUGAUUCUAGCUAUUCCUUCUUUCUUUUUCUUUUUUUUCUCGUUUUUUUCGGAAAUUUACUCAGCUAAUCAGAGAUUAAUUCAGAGUGAUUUCCAAAGAUGAAUUUUUUUGUGCCUGCUUCACACGGAGACUUCUACGGAAAAAUGGGUCGAGUUCCCGUGUGCAUAGCCGUGUAAUGUUGCUAAUGUAUGCCCUUCUAGGUGGUGGUACGUGUUUUCCGUUUUCGUUUCCGGGUUUUCGUUUCUUCGGAGUUGUCGGUUCGGUAGUUGUAAUAGUGAACAAAAGAAAAGUAGUGAUUAGGGAGAUUAAAGUAGGGAUUAAGAAUGCUAUUUGUGGUGUACAUAAGUUGGAAUUUUUAAGAUUCCUUCAUAUUCAGAGAAAUGAUUCUGUCUACUAAGAAA